UCAGAACACAACACAAUCCAGAAACUCAAGAAAAAAAACCAGAGCAAGAUAAAACGAGUUGCAACCCAUCCGAGUCGACUCGGACGCGUUGCUGAAUCGCUCUCUGACUCGUUCUUCUCUUCUUUCAUCGAUUUGGGGGUUUUUUUGUUUUCUCUCUCAAUUGAAUCGGUGUUCGUGGAUGUUGUUGUUUCCUCAAUCACGUUCAACAGAUCUACCUUCCAUUGCAGCGAGUUCGAAUUUCGAAGGUUGAGCUAGGUCGACGCUGUUCAAUCUUGAUUCGCUUCAUAAAGAUUUCGUUUUGUGUUCUGUGGCCAUAUAUGGGCGUGAUGGCUUUUUCGAUGUAGCAUAUUCGCCCGGUGCCUAUUUAAUUUCCUUGUUUGGAUUUUUGGGUUCUUCAUCUUUUUGAGAUUGGGAUUGGUUGUUAGCUCGGAUUUUCAUUGAUUGAUGAUUGUGGGGUUGCGAGGACUUGUUCUUGCGCAAUCACCAUUGGUUGGUUCUGAAAAGAAGCUUCCUUCCUUCUGGGCUGGUUCAUGUCGCGGAAACUAGAGAGCCCUGUUCAGACCCAGAUGGCUGUUGCGUUGAUGAGGAGUAGUCCCCUUGGGGGAGAGUAUCAUGGGAGCCAGAGGCAACUUGCUGGUAGGAGACGUGUGUUUGUGCAGACUGACAAGGGUUGUGUGCUUGGCAUGGAUUUGGAACGCGGGGACAAUGCGCACACCGUGAAGAGGAGGUUGCAGCUUGCUCUCAAUGUUCCGGUGGAAGAGAGCUCACUCACUUUUGGGGAUGUUGUAUUGAAGAAUGACCUUAGCGCUGUUCGGAACGAUUCCCCUCUUCUCUUGACGAGGAAUCUUCUGCAUCGAAGCUCUUCCACUCCGUGCUUGUCCCCCACUGGAAGGGAUAUCCAGCAGAGGGAUAGGAGUGGUCCUAUUGAGAUAUUGGGGCAGUCCAAUCGCCUUGAUCGGAUGAAACAGACGGUGAAGGACAUUGUGAAGGCUAUUAAGAUGGGGAUAGAUCCAGUUCCUGUUCAUGGUGGACUUGGGGGUGCUUACUACUUCAGGAACUUCCAGGGGGACAGUGUUGCAAUUGUGAAACCCACUGAUGAGGAGCCUUUUGCCCCUAACAACCCGAAAGGUUUUGUUGGUAAGGCUCUUGGUCAACCUGGGCUGAAGCGUUCGGUCCGGGUUGGGGAGACCGGGUUUAGAGAAGUUGCAGCUUAUCUUCUUGACUACGAUCAUUUUGCAAAUGUGCCUCCCACUGCCCUGGUGAAGGUGACUCACUCGAUCUUCAAUGUCAAUGAUGAGGUCGACAACGGGAACAGCUUCAGAAAGAAGAGGCUGGUUAGCAAGAUUGCGUCUUGCCAGCAGUUCAUACCUCAUGACUUUGAUGCCAGUGAUCACGGGACAUCAAGCUUCCCGGUUGCUUCUGUGCAUCGUAUAGGGAUAUUAGACAUUAGGAUUCUUAACACGGAUAGGCAUGCUGGAAACUUGUUAGUUAGAAAAGUUGGUGAUGGCAUUGGGACUUUUGGCCAGGUCGAGUUGAUUCCUAUUGAUCAUGGGCUCUGCCUGCCAGAAACUUUGGAGGAUCCUUAUUUUGAGUGGAUUCAUUGGCCUCAGGCUUCAAUUCCAUUUUCUGAGGACGAGCUUGCCUACAUUGCUAAUCUUGACCCCAGUCGUGAUUCUGAGAUGCUGAGAAGGGAACUGCCCAUGAUUCGAGAUGCUUGUCUCAGGGUGUUGGUACUCUGUACCAUUUUCCUCAAGGAAGCUGCUGCUUUUGGUCUUUGUCUUGCUGAAAUCGGUGAAAUGAUGACUCGGGAGUUCCGCGGUGGUGAGGAGGAACCCAGUGAACUUGAGGUUGUUUGUUUGGAGGCAAGGAAGUUGUUGUCUGAAAGGGAGGAACUAUCUCCUCGCACUGAGGUGGGAGAUGAUGAGUUCCUAUUUGAUAUAGACUAUGAAGAUGUUGGAUCAUAUUUCACUCCAAAGGUGGCAAUUGAUGAACCUCUAGCAAAAGCAACUUCUUUGCCUGCUCUGGGCUAUGGGCAUGCUCGCAACCCACUUUCCAAAUUGGAUGAGAGCCUUGAGGAGGGAGAGGAGGAAAGUGAUGGAGAAUCUCCUAGUCCUCAGGAACUUGUUACUUUCUCUGCUCAAGAAAGAAUUCCCACUAUUUCAGAUCUCUCCUUGUCCCUGAAGAAUACCAUGUUAGCCGAGAAAAACCAGAAAUAUCCUGGAGCAAAAGCGGAUAAUGGAUAUGUUUUGAAUUCAUCAUCUGGUCAUAAGAGUGCCAAUGAGCAGCUUCCUGCUAGCAUAAGCUUUGUGAAGCUCGCUGAUAUGACUGAGGAUGAAUGGACAUUGUUCCUGGAGAAGUUUCAAGAGCUGCUGUAUCCGGCAUUUGCUAAGAGGAAAUCCAUAACCUUAGGUCAGAGGUCUCUGCAGAGGCUCGGUACUUCGUGCCAGUUUUGAAGUUGAGCAAUACGUUGGCUUGAUAGAGAGAACUAUAGGAUGAAGAAUAAGGCUUUAUAGGUUUCCGGGAAUGAAGGAUUGUUAGGAUAGUUCUGGUUUAUGAGAUUUGGAUGAGUGCUUAGUUGGGAGCGAUGGUAGGAAGAAAAGGACUCGCUGUAAAUAUUGCUUGGCCUCAGCUAAGCGGUGAGCCGAUUAGCUGCUUGUAUUUUUUUUUAUGAUUUCAUUUCUUUUUUUCGUUUUUUGCCUCCCUCUUAUCUGACUUGUCUGAUAAAUAAUUUGUAGGAUAAAUUUGUGAAAUGAAAGUUAUGUAUAUAAUGAAUGAUAUGUAGUAUCCUUUUACCUUUUA